UUUAAUUUACUUUAUUUAUUUUCUUUGUUUAUUAAUUAAGCUCAUCGAAGGAGAAUAACAUUUAUGAUUGUAUCCCUCAUCUGGGCCUCGGCCGAGGACCCCUUUUAUUAUUAAAUAAACGAACUCCCUUUGUUAUACGAACAUGUAUGUAAUUGCUUGUUGCUUUUUGUAUACUAAAAUAUCUUUUAUGAACUGGACAUAAUGCGUUGUAUUUCUCGGGUAUAAUAGCAAGUAGUAGGGGUCUCCUUUCGUUAUAUCGCCUUUUUCCAGCAAUAAGGCUAGCGUACUGUGUAUGUCUAUAAACAAUAAUAAUUACAAUUCUUUUUAUUGGAAAAUUGAAUGCUGAUUUCCAAUAUCAAAUUUAUUUAAUACAAAAUGGUACUGAAUGUCUUUAGGCGGGCUGUAACGUGUUAUCGUUACCCAUUACUUAACAAAGCAGUGAGAUUUUAUGGUAUAUAUGAACCUCCGUAUUUAAAGAAAGAGUACGAGAUACCAAUUUAUCCUACUUUAAACAUACAGCUUAGAGGAUACACGUAUCCUUUAAUUGAGAAAUAUCAAAGUUUUGUUCAAAAACUUGCAGAUGCUUUGGACAUCACUGUUGAAAACACGUUUCCCUAUCCUCAUAGAGAAUUUAAGAUAAAAAGAUUUAAAAAAGGAGGUACAGUAGUUGAUAGUGAGUAUACUGUAAAAAUUUAUGAAAGGGAUAUACAAGUUUCAGAUAUUACAGCCACAAAAUGUCCUAUUUUUAUUAGACUAUUAGAAGUAACUUUACCUGAAGGAGUUUCUAUGUGUAUUGAUAAAUAUGAUCCUUUAUUAGACAAGAAACGUUUUAUACCAGAUAAAGAAUUACUUGAAUUGAAAUCUGAAUUAAAUGAGAUACUUGUAAAUAGAGGAAAAUAAAAUUUAAGUGUAUAUAGAAUAGAAAGAAUUUAAUAGUUAGAACAGAUACAGUAAUAAAUAAUUUAUUUAACAAUUCAAUUUACAAAUAAUUUUUGUUACAUAAAAAAUAUAAGAAUGUCCAAGUAGUUAUUUAUGUAAAAGUGAACAGAUUUUUAAUAAGCGAUAACAGAUACUGCAAUUAAUAAUAAUAGACAAUGUAAUUAAUAAAAAUUUUAUUGUAUCAAAAUUACGUACAGCAUAGGUGUAUACAUGUCAUUAUAAAAAAUUUAAAUAUAUGUAAAUACAAUUUUAUAUACUUUCUCUAUUAAAAUCUAGAACCUUUAUUUAUAAAAGUCCAAAAUGUACAACUUUUAUUUUAGACCCCUCUUCUGAUCUUAAAGAUUCUUUUACUUUGUCAUUUGUGUCAUCUUCUAUAAUAAAUAAUAUUUUAUAUUAAUGAAAGGUCUGUUAAACCAUUAAAUAUUAUUACUUACUUGAUUGAAAAUCCUUAAGAUAAUCUUCAAAACACAAUGGAAGACUUUCUGAUAAUUCGCGUUUUGGAUCAGUUAAAUGCACUUGAGUGAUUGUAGAACGUUUUUGCUUAUGUGAUUGACCCUGCAAGAAGUAAUUAAUAAAUUGAUAUAUUAUUUCCUACUAAUUGUGCACUUUAAUACACUUUGUACACAAUUAUACUUACCGUGCCAGGUACCAAUAUAUGCGUUACUGUAUCUGAAAAUUUAACCUUUGGUUUUUCAUUUGUUGUGGGUGUUGUAUCUGUGGUGGUAGAAAAAGGGGAACAAGGUAUAGGAGUAGAAGUAGAUAUAAUGGGAAGCGGUGGUACAUUAGAAGAUACUUUAAAAUGUUUAUUAAUACUACUGUUUGUACUAUUUGGUGAUGACACUAAUUUUGAAUGUUUAUCAAACCUGUUUUGUACACUGUACAUAGAAGAGAAUUGUGAACUACCUAGUUCUAUGUUAUUAGUUGAGGAAUGUACAUCAAUAUUAUCACAACUUCCAUGAAAUGAAAUAUAAUCAAAAUCAUAAUUAAGUCUGUAUCUGGAAGGUUUAACAUUACUGUAUUUGUGUUGAUCCUGUAAAAUAUUAGAUGUGGAAUUUUGUUUUUGUAACAAAUGUGAUGCAACAUUUCUUGACCUAGUAGAUGUAAACUUUUGGACAGAUUCAUCAAUAUCUGCUAAUCCAGAUGUACUUCUAGAUAGAGGAAGAUUUUUUCUUGGAAGAUUUUGAAAGUAAUUUGUAAAUGAAUUUGUUAGA